CUGUCUCGCUCCUGUUCCUGCGCUCCGAGCUGCCCUCCAUCGCUGCGCUCCGGCGGCGGACUGAGCAGGGCCUCGCAGCCGCGACACGGUGGCCCCGAGCCGGCAAGACCCGCGCCUCCGACCCGGCACCCCCCCACCACCGCCUCCACCCCCACCAGGGCCGCCGGAUCUGAGCCCCGCUCCGCGGGAGGGGAGGGGGGGCGGCCGCGCUGCGAUGAGCCGCCGAACAAAGUGCGACACACACGCAACCCCGCGCAGGUCGCAGGCGGGCCCGUCUGCAGCUCCCCGCUCCGCGGCGGGUCGGAGGGAGGCCGGGGGGGUUAUUAUUGUCUGAGGGAGGGUGACGCGCUCUUCUCAGGCUCUGCGCUGUCACACGAGGAAGUGCGGCUCCACACGCCCAUUCCUGCCUGCUGAGCAGCCGUAAACCUUCAACAUGCGCUCGUCCUGCGAGGAGCCGCGGCGGGUCUGAGCCGCAGGACGACGACCUCGGCAGCCUCCAGGGUUGAAUGAUGGACAAGGAGCUGGUCCAGCAGAGCCAAUCAGAACGGGCCACCAAUGGAACCAGUCCUCCGACCGCGACUUCCACACUCGACCCCUCCACGCCGACGCCCACCCCUCCCCGACUCACCCCCAACCCCAUGCUCCUGGACUCACCUGCGCCCACGCUGACGCCCAGCACCUCCUCCCCUCCUCCCCCCCUCACCCCUGCCCCCUCCGUCUCUGCCACCCACAGGCCGAAGGCGGCGGCGGCGGCGGCGGCCGGUACUCUGUCCCCCCACAUCCUGGUCCCGGCCCCCCCGAAGCUAACCUCCACGCCGGCCCCUGGCUUGCGGACGUACUCCCGGCCGAUCCUACCGUCCAUGCCGGGCGCCUCCAAAGCUCCUCCCACCACUCAGACCUCCUCCUGUCCCGUCACGACGGCCGCCGUUGCGCCCACGCCCCUGUCCGCUCCUCCGUCCUCGUCCACGGCGACCAGCAGCGCCACGCCAACCAAGACCUCCACCAGCCUGACCAAUGGGAACAGCAGGCCCGGCUCCACCCCCACUCCCAUCACGCCCUUCCACACGCCAGCCAGUCCACCGGGCAGACAGGUGUCACAGGUUCAUCCCGCGGGCACACCUGGCCUUGCACGAGCCAAUCAGAGCCCACCUGUCAGGCAGAGGGUAUCCCAGCAGGCACUGCUCCUGGGGAAAGGUCUCAAGGGGUCUGGCCAAGACCAGGUGCUUCUUAGAGCUCAGAUGCUGAUUCUCACGUCUGCUAUGCGACCUCCACAGUCCUCCUCCUCCUCCUCCUCUUCCUCCUCCUCUUCCUCUAUCCCCGCCUGCACUCAGCGCCAGAGUCUCACCUUGAGGCCUCCUCCCCCAGGAGCCCUCACCAUCCCCCCGUCCCUGCGGCUGAAGCCUCCCUCCUCUGUCCCGCCGCCCCUCUCUUCUCGCCCUCAGGGCCCCCUCUUCCCGCCACUCAGGCCGCGACCGCAGCCCAGCACCACGGCAACGGAGACCCCGGCCACGCCCAGCCGCCACCUCUCCGUCCCUCCUCCAACGCUCUACGCUCCGGUCCGGGCCGUCCCUCUCAAACCCAGGCUCCAUUCUCCGAGCAGCCACAAGGCGGCGCCGCCUCGCCAGCCCUCCUCCCUCCACCCCAUCGCCGCCGCGCCCUCCGGCCCCGCGCCCUCUGCCGGCCGGGCGCUGGCGGGCCUGAAGAGCUGUGCGCUGGCCCAGACCAUGCUGGGUCCGGCCCGGCCGCCGCGCUUCGAGCGCUCCCCGUCUGCAGCCCGCCAGCUCCAGAUCAUCGCCCUGUCCUCGGGGCGGCAGCCGCCCCCCGGCGGCUUCGUCCACGCCGCGGCCGUGGAGUCCCCCGACUCCUCCGCCGCUCUGCUCUCGCCUCCUCCCCUCCGGAGUCCAACCGGUACUCAAACCCAGACUCUGACCCGGAGAGCCGAGGGCGGCGAGGAGCAGCGGGAGAAGGGCAAGGCGGCGCCGCCCGGGACCAGCGACGAGGACGGCGGCAGGAAAGACCUGCAGGUGGACAGAGACGACCAAAGAGGAAAGGACGAGAAGCCGGUGGCGAGCAGAACCGGUCAGGAAGCGGAGGCCGGCUCUGAGGAGAAGCCCAUGGAGGUGACGGAGGAAGGGGACCGUUACAGGGAGAGGAAGAUGGAGAGGAGGAUGGAGGAGGAUGGAGAGGUCCCCAUGGAUCAGUCCGGGAGUCCAACAAGCCUGGUUCUCCAUCACCACCAGACCACAGAUCCAAACCCGGGACCUGAUCCUGUCAAAGACUCCGCCCACCCAGGUCUCAUUUCAGCUCCAGCUCCGGUUCUGGUUCCGGUUCCAGCUCCAGUUCCAGCUCUAGCUCCAGCUUUGGUUCCAGCUCCGGCUCCGGUUUUAGCUCCGGCUCCAGUUCGGGCUCCAGUUCCAGUUGCAACUUCGGUCCCAGUUCCAGCUCCAGCUCAGAUUCCAGUUCCGGUUCCAGUUCGGCCUCCGAUUCCGGUUCCAGUUUCGGUUCCAGCUCCGGCUCCGGUUCCAGCUCCGGUUCCGGCUCCGCAGGUCUCCGUCCAGACUCAGCGGCUGCCAGAGCUUCACCAGGACGUGCCGCCCGUCAGACAGGACGACUUCUGCGAGGAUUUGUCGACCCAGUCCGACACCCAGUCCGACAACCAGUCAGCAUUGUCCAGCCUCUCCUCCCAGUCCCCCCCGUCCUCGCCCUUCAUCACCCCCGCCUCAGAAAACCCUCCCCCGCUGCUCCCGGCUCAGCCCGUCCACGCGACCGACCUCAGCGUGCCGCAUCGAGAGGCCGACAAAGUCGAGAAAACGGUGUCCGAUAUUCAGGAUACGGCUGAAACGGAGGCGGAGCCUCUCGACCAAUCGCAAGAAGAGUCCGAUAGCUUCAGCCAAUCGCUGAGCAACCUGUGGGAGCCCAAGGCGUGGCCUGAAGGACGACAGGUUCUGACUCAUCUGGUGGAGGGAUUCGUCAUCCAGGAGGGGCUCCAACCGUUUCCUAAUGUUAAUGUUAAUAAUGAACUAAAAAAAGGCCACGCCUGCAGACUUUACCGAGCCUCCCGUUUGCUCCUGCAGGUGAACCGCUCGUCCCUGCUGGUUCCAGAUCAGGUGACCAAACCGCAGGAAGUGAACGGGACCAAUGGGACGGCGCCGUUGCCUGCGCCGGACACGACCAAACCACCCGAGCACUCGACGGACUCGGACGAGGACGAGGGAGGAGACACCGACGACCCCGGGACCAGGCCGGGCCACAGGGACCGGACGGUUCUGCACUGCCAGUUCUGCGGGAAGAGAGGCCACGCCCACAACUUCAUGCGGUCCAAGCGCUUCUGCUCCACUUCCUGUGCACGCGGGUUCAACGUCCGCCUGACGAAGCGUCUACGAGCUCUGAGCGCCGGCAGCCGGUCGGAGAGGCCUCGUCCAACGCUCAACCGGGCCGAGUCCGUCCCCGGGAAGCCCCUGCUGCUGCGACUGCCCCGUGACCUCUGGAGCGCCGGCCGCCGCGAGAAGGAAGGGAAGGAGAAGGCGGCGGAGAGGCAGCAGCACCCGCAGCCGGAGGAGGAGGAGGAGGAAGAGGAGGAGGAAGAGGAGGAGGGGGACGACCCGGGCGACGCCCUGGGCCGAGGCACGGAGGAGGGAGACCAUGAUGGGGGGGAGGACCCUGCUGUUGCCAUGGCAGCCAGGAUGGAGCACCGGGCGGUGCGGAGAGCAAGGAGGGCGUCCGCCCCCGCCGUCACGACCUCCACGCCCUCCACGCCCUCCACCACCUUCAGGCCCGCCCCCUCGCAGUGGAGCGUGGAGGAGGUGACGGCCUUCAUCCACACGCUACCCGGCUGCAGCGACGUGGCCGAGGCCUUCCGGCUGCAGGAGAUCGACGGCCAGGCUCUGCUGCUGCUGACCGAGGACCACCUGAUGUCCAGCAUGAACAUCAAACUGGGACCGGCCCUGAAGAUCUGCGCCCACAUCAACGCGCUGAAAAACCAGUGAGGGAAGCGCUCGGAGGACCAAACAUCCAGACGUUUCAGCACUUGAGGAUAUGGACAAUGAAAUCCGACACCGAGGAUGACAGAACAAAGUCACAAAAAGAGGAAAUUAGUGGUAAUUUAUAAUGAAAGAGAUCAUAAUUGAAGGCGUGGCCUUAGCAGACAGGAUGGGGGUGUGCAGAGGCAUGAUGGGCCCUUUGACCGUAGCAGGACACUUCCAGGGGAGGAUUUUUGUAACUUUGUGUAUAUUUUAAACACGCCACUGGAGAGUGUACAUUUCAAGCUAUUUCAUGAAGGAUUUUGAACAUUUAAUAUAUGAAAUUUGUCUAUUUAGUUUUUUUAGAACGUGACGUCAAUGACAAAUCUAUCCCGUAGCUAACAUAAUCUGUGUGUGUAAGAGAAAAACUCAACUGAUACAUAGACUUUGUAAGUGACAAAUGAAAGUUUAAUGUUUUAUAUCGAUAUAUUCUGGACAAAAACAUGUCUGUGAGUAAAAAAAAAAAAAAAAAAAAAAAAAAAAAAAAUCACUAUCAGGGUAGAGACCGGAGUCUUCAAUCGUCACAUUUUUAUGGUAUCCUGCUUGAAAUUAUUUAAUAAAUGACUCAAAACUG